AUGGAAGCAGUUACUGUGAAUCAUUUCAGCAUCAGCGAUUUAACCACAGAAGAGCAGCAGUUACUUUGGAGUAUCCAAGAGAGGAAAAAACAGCUUAUCUUGGAGAUACAGGAGCUGAAGAGAGAUAUUGAAGAUGUGACACACGAACUGGAGGGACUGGACCUUGUAGAGGACAG